AUGGUUAUUAUAACGGGUAAUGACCUUCUUGAAAUUUUGAAAAAGAUUGGCUCAUACAUUAAUCUACUUGCAAUUUAUGUCAUUAUUAGAUAUAACAGGCUAGAUUUGUCAUACACAGUACAAGCUCUGAGCCAAUAUAUGCAACAUCCUAAAACUACACACUGGGAAGCACUUCAGGACACAUUGAAUUAUGCUCACUCUACUUGUGGACAAGGCAUUGUUCUAUUAGGAACAAACCAAAUUACUUUACAAGCUUUCUCAAAUAGUGAUUGGGCUUCUUGUCCAAACUCAAGAAGGUCCAUAACUGGCUAUAUCCUACUCCUAGGUAAAUCCCCUAUAUCUAAGAAAUCCAAGAAACAAAGCACAAUAUCAAGAUUUAGCUCUGAAGCUGAGUAUAGAGCAAUGGUAGCAGUGCUGCUGAGGUCACUUGGAUGGUUAGAUUGCUAG